GAGCCAAGGCGAAUCAUUUUUUUCUUUACCGUAAUGAUGCGGGAAAGUGCCCUGCAGCUGUGUUCUAUACGUAACACACGUUGCGACCCGUUAACCUAGCGUAAUAUGCGUCGACGUCGCCUUUUGCUGUAUUUCUAAGGGCGAGGAAGUAGUCUUGUCAACUGUUUUGGGUCCCAGUACGAUGGAAAAUGUCAAUAAAGCUGCCAAGACGAACCCAGCAGCGUCGGCGAAUCUCCUCUCCAAGUUAAUUUUCUGGUGGCUCAAUCCUCUCUUCCGAGCUGGAUACAAACGCAAGCUUGAGGAAGAUGACUUAUACCCGGUGCUGGCGGAGGACAGCUCAGAGAUCCUGGGGCAGCAGUUGCAAAGAUACUGGGAACAUGAAGUCCAGGAGGCCACAAAAGAAUUGCGGAAGCCAAAACUCUCAAGAGUCAUCAUUAGGUGUUUUUGGAGGAUAUAUUCAGUGCUGGGAUUGUUUACCCUUGUUGAGGAGGUGAUAAAGGUGAUCCAGCCAGUCCUUCUAGGGUACAUGAUCCGCUACUUUGAGGAUUAUGACCCGCUCAAUAAAGCAGCCCUGUAUGAGACCAUUGGUUAUGCAGCUGGGCUGUCCAUCUGCACCAUGGGCCUGAAUCUGCUGCACCACCUCUACUUCUUCCACGUCCAGCGAGUUGGCAUGAAAAUCAGAGUGGCCAUGUGUGGCAUGAUCUACAAAAAGGCUUUGUGUCUCAGCUGUUCUGCAAUGGGAAAGACCACCACAGGUCAGAUUGUGAACCUGCUUUCCAAUGAUGUCAACAAGUUUGAUGAAGUGACAAUCUUCCUGCACUUCCUGUGGGUGGGACCCCUCCAGGCAGCAACUGUGGUGGGACUCUUGUGGCAGGAGAUUGGGCCAUCCUGCCUGGCAGGCAUGGUGGUCCUCAUGUUCCUAAUGCCCACGCAGACCCUAUUCGGGAGGCUGUUUUCGAAGUUCAGGAGUAAGACGGCAAUUCUUACUGACAGCAGGAUCCGCAUCAUGAAUGAAGUGGUGUCUGGAAUGAGGAUCAUCAAGAUGUAUGCCUGGGAGAAACCAUUUGCCGCUUUGGUGUCGGACGUCAGAAGGAAGGAGAUCCAUCAGAUCAUGAUGAGUUCGUAUUUGCGUGGCCUCAACAUGGCCUCCUUCUUCUGUGCCAGCAAGAUCAUCGUCUUCAUCACCUUCACCCUCUAUGUCCUGUUGGGGAACAAAAUCUCAGCCAGCCGAGUAUUUGUGACUGUGUCACUGUACACGGCAGUACGCCUCACUGUCACGCUCUUCUUUCCCAGCGCCAUAGAGAAACUCUAUGAGAGCAGUGUCAGCAUUCAGAGGAUCCAGGAGUUCUUGUUGCUGGAUGAGAUGACAAAGACGAGUACACCUCAGCCGCUUGCCGAGAAGCAAGAUUCUGCUAUUGAGAUCCAGGACCUUAUGUGCUUUUGGGAUAAGAGUCUGGAUGCACCAUGUCUGCAGAAUGUCACACUCAGUCUGACUGGAAAACAGCUGUUGGCUGUUAUUGGACCAGUGGGUGCAGGGAAGUCCUCGUUAUUGAGCUCAAUCUUGGGCGAGCUUCCUGCUGAAAAGGGGGCAAUGAAGGUCAAAGGUCAGCUAACCUAUGCAUCACAACAGCCAUGGGUGUAUCCUGGCACUAUCCGCAGCAACAUCUUGUUUGGAAAGGACAUGGAUCUGCGCCUGUACGAAAAAGUACUCAAGGCUUGUGCUUUAAAGCGGGACCUGGAGCUGCUCCCGGAUGGAGACCUGACACUGAUUGGGGACCGUGGCGCCACACUCAGUGGGGGGCAGAAGGCUCGUGUCAACCUGGCUAGAGCUGUUUAUCAGGAUGCUGAUAUUUACCUUUUGGAUGAUCCUCUCAGUGCUGUGGACGCUGAAGUUGGAAGGCACCUCUUUGAACAAUGCAUCUGUGGCCUGCUGAAGAACAAACCCCGCGUCCUGGUCACUCACCAACUACAGUACCUGAAGGGAGCAGACCAGAUUGUGGUUCUCAAAGAGGGCCACAUGGUUACCAAGGGGACAUACACUGAGCUACAGCAAUCCGGGCUGGAUUUCACCUCACUGUUGAAGAAGAAGGAGGAGGAGGAGGAACUCCAUCAGUCAUCGUCAGACCUCACCUCCCGAAACCGGACUUUGUCACAGAACUCAGUGCGGUCUCAAACCUCUUCCGUGCACUCGGUCCAGGAUGGAGAACAUUUGGAAGCUGAGCCAGUGCAUACGGUGGCAGAAGAGAGUCGCGCACAGGGAUCCAUCGGAUUCAGUAUCUACAUGAAGUACCUGCGGGCCGGUGCCAGCAUUUUGUUUGUGGUCAUUGUGAUUAUCCUGAACAUUUUGGCUCAGGUGGCGUACAUUGUGCAGGACUGGUGGCUGGCUUACUGGGCUGAGGAGCAAGGAAAACUGGACACCAACAGCACCAUGGAGCACAAUGUCACCAAAGUUAACAAAGAGCUGGACCUUGGAUUCUACUUGGGCAUUUAUGGAGGUUUAACAGCAGCUACCAUCAUUUUUGGCUUUGUGAGGACUUUGCUGAUGUUCAACGUGCUGGUGAGAUGUACACAGGCCCUGCAUGACAAAAUGUUUUCCGCCAUCCUUCGCACUCCCGUGCGCUUCUUUGACAUCAACCCCAUUGGCCGAGUUUUAAACCGGUUUUCGAAAGAUGUUGGCCAGCUGGAUUCCACCAUGCCAUGGACCUUUGUUGACUUCAUUCAGGUUUUUUUGCAAAUAGUCGGAGUGGUUGCAGUGGCGGUGGGUGUGAUCCCUUGGAUUCUUCUUCCUGUGGUCCCCCUACUCAUUGUCUUCCUCUUCCUCCGGCGUUACUUCCUGGAGACCUCCAGAGACAUCAAACGUCUCGAGUCCACAACUCGGAGCCCAGUUUUCUCGCACCUGUCUUCCUCCCUGCAGGGCCUGUGGACUAUUCGGGCCUUCAGAGCAGAGGGCCGCUUCCAAAAGGCUUUUGAUGCCCAUCAGGACAUGCACACAGCGGCGUGGUUCCUUUUCCUGACCACGUCUCGCUGGUUUGCCAUACGCCUCGAUGCCAUGUGCUCCAUCUUUGUGACAGUCACCACAUUUGGCUGCCUGCUACUCCGAGACCAACUGGACGCCGGCUCUGUGGGUUUGGCUUUGAGCUACUCGAUCACCCUGAUGGGUAUGUUCCAGUGGGGGGUUCGUCAGAGCGCUGAGGUGGAGAACAUGAUGACAUCAGUGGAGAGGGUGGUGGAAUACACUGAACUGGAGAGCGAAGCUCCCUGGGAAACCAAAAAGCGACCUCCGCCUAAUUGGCCCAGCAAGGGUCGGGUGACCUUUGACGGGGUCAACUUUUCCUACAGUGCUGAUGGGCCCAAAGUUUUGGACAACUUGAAAGUGACGUUCCAACCCAAAGAGAAGGUGGGCAUCGUGGGUCGGACAGGUGCUGGGAAAAGCUCUCUUGUGUCAGCCCUGUUUCGCCUGGCUGAACCUCAAGGAAACAUCUUCGUCGACGGCGUGUUGACUUCUGAGCUGGGCCUCCAUGACUUGCGUCAGAGGAUGUCCAUCAUUCCUCAGGACCCGGUGCUGUUUACGGGUACCAUGAGAAAGAACCUGGACCCUUUCAACCAGCAUUCAGAUGAGGAACUGUGGAAUGCGCUGCAAGAGGUCCAGCUGAAAGGUGUGGUGGAAGAGCUUCCUGGAAAACUGGAAACUGUUCUGGCUGAGUCUGGCUCCAACUUCAGCGUGGGCCAGAGGCAGCUGGUGUGUCUAGCCAGAGCCAUUCUGAGGAAGAACCGCAUCCUCAUUAUUGAUGAGGCCACUGCCAACGUGGACCCCAGGACAGAUGAACUGAUCCAGAGAACUAUCAGAGAGAAGUUCCAGGAAUGCACCGUGCUCACCAUCGCUCACCGCCUCAACACCAUCAUAGACAGCGAUCGCAUUCUGGUUCUGGAUGCAGGGAGAAUCCACGCGUACGACGAGCCUUACACUCUUCUUCUAGACCCCUCUUCUAUAUUUCAUAAAAUGGUGCAGCAGACCGGCAAGCAGGAGGCUGCGGCCCUGCUACAGGCAGCUAAAGAGGCUUACGAUGGCAGAAGCCGACCCAACCUCAGUGACGGGGAGGUGUACAUAGCAGUUAAGAGUUUGGUCAUCUUUGAGACAGCUCUGUGAGCCGCAACCCUACAACAUUGGAGAGUGUCCAGGACGAAUGCCAAAUGUACGCACAUGAUGCGAACCACUGCUGUACAAACUGUAGACAUUAAUGUAUUUAUUUUGCAUACUUGUUGGUUUUUUCACACAUAAAAUCGCUGCCUUGUUUUCAAUCUGCAGCAGUCACUUUAUUUUAACGUUUGCUCUUAUAAGCCAAGGAAAACACUUUGAACCAAACAAGUGCCAAGUGUCUUCUUGUGAGCAAGGUGAGAGUGUUUCAAAUUUUUGAAAAACAACUGAAAGCGAUGUUUACUUGUUUUACUGUUAUUGUGAGCCUGCCACAGACUGAGCAAGCCAAGGAAACACUUUGAACCAAACAAGUGCCAAGUGUCUUCUUGUGAGCAAGGUGAGAGUGUUUCAAGUUUUUGAAAGUGAUUUUUACUUGUUUUAUUGGCAUUUUAAGCCUGCCACAGACUAAAACUAUCAAUCUGGCAACAUGUUUGUGGUAGAUCCAAGUUGCGGGAUCAUCAUAGCAGGACGUUCAGGGUUUUUGUUGAGAAAUUAAAAGAACACAAGUCAAUUAUACUGA